CCAGUUAUUAUAUUUUAUUUAGGGGAGGGGCUUAGAAAAGCUUGACUUGGGAUUGUCGACCAAGGGUGUCUCUGAGCUUUUUCAGCCAUCUUGAAAGAAGGGAAAUCAGCCCUCUCGGUUCAUCUGCAUUCAAUCGCCUCAUUUUGGACGUAAUAACUGGGCUAUGCCAAAAUGGGCUUCGUUAGUAUUUUUCUGUUCACCGUCAUGGCGUUCGUCAACCUUCCAGGUAUAAACUCUGAUUCCAAUUUUUGCCCCGAAAAAGUCUGCAUACAUCAGGAUGAUUGCAUGCUUUCUCGUCCGGACCAUCGUUGUCAGACUAAAGAUUACGUCUGCUGCAUCCUUCUUACAAAUGUAACCACAUAUCAGGUGGCCGCCUGCACAGACCAAGGAGGCGUCUGCAUCGUUCCGGAUGAGUGUAUGGCGAGCAUGAUUGCAAAAAAAGAGCUAGCUCAUAUAUGUCCUGUAGAAAACGACGUAUGCUGCAUUCUGGCCGACUGAUUGAUGCACGAGAUAAUGGGAGCGGUGGAUUGAUCGUCGAUUAGAUUGUGUUAUCAAUGAAUCUGUCAAAAAUAUGUAAGAAAAUAAUC